AUGGGCAAGCCUCCGGCAGCCAUAUUUAUUGUCCGACAUGGUGCACGCUUGGAUGCUGCCAACAAGGAAUGGCACUUAACCUCUCCGACCCCCUAUGACCCGCCUCUGUCGUACGGCGGCUGGCUUCAGUCGCGCGCCCUCGGAGCGCGGAUAAUCAACGAAGUGCGAACGCUGGAAGAUCAACUGGAUAGACCCACGCCGGGGAACCAUGACCCGAUCGCCCACUCCCAUCGCCUUCGAGAACGAAAACAGAAACGCAGAGUUAUUAUACAUACGUCUCCUUUCCUUCGAUGCGUGCAAACGGCCGUCGCUAUAAGCUCCGGGAUCAGUCAGAACUAUGCCGACAUAGAAUCACUCCGCCCUUCCCGAGUCGCGUCGACUCAGCCAAGCGGCAUCACACCCUCCUCCGAUUCAACAACCAGUCCCGGCUCUGACACUUCUCAAGGUACUCCUCGAUGCCUUCUCCGCGUCGACGCAUGUCUCGGGGAAUGGCUGAAUGCCGAGUACUUUGAAAACAUAACUGCCCCUCCAAAAUCAGAAAAGAUGGUUGCGGCCGCAAAGAUGGAGCUGUUACGUCGCGAUGAGAGUGUCAUUCCUGUGGCAGACACGCAACCUACCCCGACCGUGGGUCACUUUCCCGGAGGUUGGAGCGGCCUCGCUCCUAUACAGAUCGAGGAGGAACGGGAACCUGAGGUUGAGUCAAGCUCGGCCGUGGCCAACGGGUCAGGACAGAGGAAUCGUGCCGGUAGUUAUGAUUCCUUCAGAGCGGUCGAUAGCCCAUGGGGCCGCAAAAUGCUGAGAAUCAACACUGAUAUCCCGUCCGAUCCUGGCGCGGCAUAUGCACCACCCAUCCCCAGUUAUGCGAUAUCGCCUUCGAACCCUAUCCCUGAUGGUUAUGUAACGCAUGCACGCGACAGUUGUGUCCUGGUUGACUACCAGUGGGACAGCAUGCGCGAACCCCAGAACUGGGGCAAUGGGGGUGAGUAUGGCGAUGAAUGGAGCACCAUGCUUGCCCGCUUUAGAAGCGGUAUCGAUCGCAUUAUCUCAUGGUACCAAGAUGACGACGCAUCCGCAGCACCUGCCCACCGCCGGACACGCUCACAGCUGCAAUAUUUGGGGCAAAACGAAGGGGAAGACUCGGCAAUUGACACUAUCUUGAUUAUCGUAACUCACGGGGCGGGCUGCAACGCGCUGAUCGGUGCCCUAUCCGGAGAGCCAGCGCUGGUGAAUGUCCCUACGGCGUCCCUUACUCUCGCUGUUCGUAAAGACCGCAUGAAGGAUGUGACGCAGGACGACGAACGCGCGAAGAAAUAUGACUUACUCAGUAAAACAUCUGGUCCCGAGCACUAUAACCUGGUCGAGAUAGCCUCAGCAGACCAUCUGCGUCCUGGAACAAGCCCGAUCACUAGCUCCGUCCGUUCCCCUGCCUCUCUCCGCUCUCCUUUGACGAGCGGUAUGCCGUCACCGCCGAUUUCCUCGUACCGGCACCGUUCCACGAUCUCCUCAGGCCCCAUCAUCAUGGGACCGUCACUGAAAGCAGGUAUGGGCUUACAAUCCUGGACAACCAGCCGGCCCUCUUCGGGACUUUGGAAGUCUGUCGUAGGCAGUCGCGAUGCUGUGGAUGAUCUGGUUCCCAAUUUUGGCAGUCCGCUAUCUGCAUCAUCUUCAUCUGUUUCCGGCUUGGAUGGUGCAAGUGAUGAUUCAUCACUGAACUCUGGAGAUUCCUCAUGGUCAGCGAAACUACCGCAGCGAACGUUAUCUCAGCGUGGUCUUUGGAGAAGCGCGUCGCUGAACAAAGAGCGAUCGGCUCAUUCCGGUCGACGGUGGACUGUAGCUGAGAGACCACACUGA